CAAAGAUUACGAAACUACCCAUACGGCCGUACCACAGGUCAAAAGUAAGCACCAUGCCGUCCAGUUCGAAUCAAAGACGAGGAAAAUGAACGAAGCUCAGACCUCUAAUGGAGUUUCCCUCUUCUGCAGAGUUUUAAUUCCUUUACCCUUUCUUCCGCUCGUUUGCAGUUCGAAACCGCAAGGAUUUAGGUAUUUCCCUCCACCGAGGACGUUGUUCUUCCAUUUGUUUGGAAGUCCCGGCUUUUCUUCUUCUUCUGCUGCUGCUCCAGAAAUUGUCUUUGGAUAAUGUCUCUGUUUCUAAAUUUCAAUUUAUUGGACAUUUUUUUCGCCUGAAUAUCGGCAUGACCGAUGAAUUUUUUCAUUUGUUCGGUUGUGCGGCUUGAAGUCUAUCUGUUAUCAUGGAAUGAUAUGGCGACGGGAACUCCAAAAUCUCCUAUUGAGAAUGUCCGCUUAGAGAUAUAGCUUGCAUGUUUCGACGGGAACGGUGACACUCUAAUAUAGUUGGUUUUCAGAACUGGAGCUGUACACAUUUGGCGCACAAGGUAUUUUCUAAUGUGGAACCGGUAAGUUCUGGUUUGACUUCCCAGAUUUGAAUGGCUGAUCUAGGCACUGCCUCAUCUGUUCAAUUUCUUCCACCCCAUUUGUUUCUGGUUAUUUCCUAUGCCAUCAGUCUCUAAGUCGUACAGGAGAUAGUAGUUUAGAUCAAACAUGGUUGAAAUCUCCAUGUGGAAGUUGACUCUUGCAGUUGCAGGGGAUGGAUAGAUUGAAAAGCUGUGAAGUUUUCUCUCUCUUUAUUUAUGCACCAUUCAUUUGUGAAUCUCAUGCUGUUCACUGCAGAAUGGCUUUUAUAAGAACCUUACAUUCUAUAUAUUUUGUAACUUAUUCAUCAGAAGCUAUUGUUUUCUUCAACCCUUGUAGUCCAGCUAACUCAAUAAAGAACUUCAAACCUCAACUGCAUUUAGCACUCUCCCAUAUUCGACUCAAUUCCCAGAUUGCCUUUUCUCCCAGCCCUGUUGCUGAACAUUCUUAUGAUGAUAAUAUAAUCUCUCUCUGCAAGAAAAAAUUACACAGAGAAGCUCUUCAAGCAUUUGAUAUUUUUCAAAAGUGUUCAAAUUCUCCAUUGAACUCUAUCACUUAUACCCAUUUAAUCCACGCUUGCUCUUCUCUAAGAUCCCUAGAACAUGGCAGGAAAAUACAUUGUCAUAUGUCGACAUUCAACUACCAGCCUGAUUUGAUUCUUCAGAACCAUAUUCUUAAUAUGUAUGGGAAGUGUGGGUCUUUGAAGGAAGCAAGAAAUAUCUUUGAUGCAAUGCCCCUGAAGAAUGCGGUAUCUUGGACCUCCAUGAUAUCUGGAUACUCACAUUAUGGUCAAGAUGAUAAUGCCAUUACAUUGUAUGUUCAAAUGUUACGAUCAGGACAUAUUCCUGAUCACUUUACCUUUGGAAGUGUAGUAAAAUCUUGCUCAGGACUUGAUGAUCUUAUGUUAGCAAGGCAACUACAUGCCCAUGUUCUAAAGUCAGAAUUUGGCGGUAACCCAAUUGCACAGAAUGCUCUAAUCUCUAUGUAUACCAAGUUCAGCCAAAUUGCUGAUGCAACAAAUGUCUUCUCUCAUAUUAUUACAAAGAAUCUAAUUUCCUGGGGCUCAAUGAUUGCUGGGUUUUCCCAGCUUGGUUAUGAGAUUGAAGCUUUAUGCCAUUUUAGGGAAAUGCUUUCCCAGCCUAUCUAUCAGCCAAAUGAGUUUGUCUUUGGUAGUGCCUUCAGUGCUUGUAGCAAUCUUUCAGAACCAAAUUGUGGACGCCAGAUACAUGGCUUGUGUAUAAAAUUUGGGUUAGGAAGGGAUCGUUUUGCUGGAUGCUCCCUUUGUGACAUGUAUGCAAAGUGUGGAUUUUUAGGAUCUGCCAGAACAGUAUUUUGUCAAAUUGAAAAGCCUGAUUUAGUAGCCUGGAAUGCUAUCAUUGCAGGAUUUGCUAGUGUUGGUGAUGCAAAGGAAUCCUUGUCAUUCUUUUCUCAGAUGAGGCAUACAGGACUUGCUUCAAAUGAUGUCACUGUCCUCUCUUUACUUUGUGCUUGUUCAGAGCCUAUGAUGCUUAAUCAGGGAAUGCAGGUUCACUCCUACAUUGUCAAGACCGGGUUCGAUUUAGAGGUUCCUGUAUGCAACGGUUUGCUUAGCAUGUAUUCAAAAUGCUCAGAUUUGAAUGAUUCACUUAAAAUAUUUGAAGAUAUAGGAAAUAAAGCUGAUGUCGUUUCAUGGAACACCAUGCUUACUGUGUGUCGCCUGCAGAACCAAGCUGGAGAGGUUUUAAGAUUAAUGAAGCUAAUGCUUGCUUCUCGCAUUAAGUCUGACCGUGUUACUUUAACUAAUGUGUUGGUGUCAUCUGGACAAAUAGCAUCAUAUGAAGUGGGAAGUCAAGUUCACUGCUUUAUCAUGAAAUCAGGACAGAAUCUUGAUACUUCUGUUUCGAAUGCGUUAAUCAAUAUGUAUAUGAAGUGUGGAUCCCUUGGAUGUGCUCAAAAGAUGUUUGAUUCGAUUGACGAUCCCGAUGUCAUUUCGUGGAGUAGCUUGAUUGUUGGAUAUGCUCAGGCUGGAUGCGGUGAAGAAGCUUUCAAGCUGUUCAGAACCAUGAGAGGCCUUGGCAUUAGGCCAAAUGAAAUUACAUUUCUAGGAAUCCUUACUGCUUGUUGUCAUAUUGGAAUGGUAGAAGAAGGUUUGAGGUUAUAUAGGACAAUGCAAGAGCAAGAUGGCAUUUCACCAACCAAAGAACACUAUUCGUGUAUCGUCGACUUACUCGCCCGUGCUGGAUGCUUGGAUGCAGCAGAGGACUUCAUCAAGAAAAUGCCUUUCGAACCCGACAUCGUCGUCUGGAUGACUCUGUUGGCAGCAUGUAAACUCCACGGUAAUCUUGAGGUUGGCAAAAGAGCUGCAGAGAAUGUAUUAAAAAAUGAUCCAUCGAACUCCGCUGCGCUCGUAAUGCUCUGCAACAUCCAUGCUUCUUCGGGCCGUUGGAAAGACUUCGCUCGAAUAAGGAGAUCAAUGAGACGGAUGGAUGUGAGCAAAGUUCCAGGUCAGAGCUGGAUUGAGAUCAAGGAUAGAGUUCAUGUGUUUUUUGCAGAGGAUAGCUUGCAUCCAGAGAGAGGUAGAAUAUACACAAUGCUAGAGGAGUUGAUGUUGCAAGUUUUAGAUGAUAGUUGUGAUCCAUUACAGAUGGAGUAUUGUUUGGGUUACAAAAUAUGAUUAGUUAUUCAAGUAGUUUUUUUAGAUGUACAUUGCUUCUCGCAAUAGGAAUGGGUAUUUAUUCUUUUG